AUGGCGGACAAAUUUCGCGAAUUGGACAUUCUACUCGCCAAUUUCGAAAGAGGAGGAACGAAGAGGAAGGAGGCGUCGGUCGAGGUCCUCACUGCAGAGCAGAAAUGGAGCCUCGACAUCCAGCGUGUAGUGGCUGAGCUGAAGAGCGGCAUUCUCCAGAAGAAGGCGCCCGACGAUGUGGAUGCCAGCGCGUUGAUGAAUGAAGUCAAAGACGUGCUGCUGCUCGUGCGGCAGCUUGUGCAGGUGGGCAUAACCGCGAAGCGCCUCCAUCGUUGCCUCAAUGCUGGCUCCAUCUCCCUGGCUGCCCUCGGCCUGCCUCCAUCUUCCGUGAACGAGGAUCUCAUCCACAACAGCCUUUCUUCCAACGGCUCCACAGCCACAUCCUCCAAUGCCACCGUACGAUUUCGAGGGGCUCGCAAGAUCUUCGUAGCGGCGCUCGAUGCCCUUCUCGACGUCCUGCCCCCUCUCCCCUCUUCCUUUUCGACUCCUUCUUCCUCAUCUCCCGCUUCAUCAUGUUCCACAUCUCCUCGCCACACGUCCACACGGCCGACUUCUUCGUUCCACCCGCCCACCGCCGCUGCCGCGCUGCACUCCGCAGUCGGCCACGACCAGUCGUCCGCGACGCCGCGAGCUGGUGGCGGGCCGCCACCGACCGUCCCGCCCGACGUGUGGCAGGAGCUCUCGCAGGGCCGCAAACUCUCUAACAACCCGCGCCGCGCGUCGCUGCACCUGGCCCUCAACAAACGCACAGCCGUCACCCCUGGAGUGAACGAUUACCGGCGUAGCGUUGCGAUCGACACGUCGCCGCGCUCGCAGACGCCGCCUGCAUCGGCCUUCCGAUCGCCUCGCGCAAAUCUCACGGUUCCCAAAUCGCCUCGGGCCGCGCCCGCCAGCCCGACCCUGACCCAGUCGGGGCUGAUGCCGCCCGCGGUCGGCACCACCGCAGGUCUCAAGUCGCCGCGGCCACUCAGCAGCCGCGACGAGGAGAUGCUCGAGCUGCUGGAGCAGCUCGACUCGGAGCUGCUGACCUCAUUCAACAGCAAAGAGAAGCGAGCUACGGGCGAUCACCACUCUGGUGACGCCGCGGGCCACCGACAAGAAGACGAAACAGAAGGUGCGUGCUUUUGA